UCCCUUCUAGGCGGAUUCAAAUAUGUGGCGGAUUACCUCUUUAGUGCUAAUGCUAUAUUCAAUGAAAACCUCGGUGUUACUCAAUACCAGAUUAGCGGAUCCCUUGCAAAUCAGUUUAUGGCAGGCGAUCUCGGAGCCCUGAUCAACCACACGGUGUACUGGACGGACCCAACAGACUACAUGCUCAACCAGCUCCGCCAAAUCGCCUUCCGCAUGUCCCUUCAAGCUGCAAAAGACGAUGCAAAUGCCAGCAACGCAACCCAGACCGUCUCUUACACGGGAACCAGCACAAAAACCAUCUUUACGACAAAUUUCUCUCUGGUAGCUGUCGCGGCGUCGCUGAAUAUCCUCGCGGUUGUGGCUAUACUGCCUACGUACUACGGAUGGUGGGCUCUGAAAAGAAAGAGCUCAAUGUCGCCGCUGGAAACUGCGAGGGCAUUUGCUGCGCCACUCUUGAGGGACGCGGGUGCUAAU